ACCCAUUCGAAGGCGACGGCGGUCGUCUAUAUUUCAGUUCUAAUCUCGCCAGAGAUAAAAGGGUGAAAUAAAUCCACGCACUGACAGCGGAACUGACACACUUUUCACCUCGACUUUUUCGUCCUAUCUCCUCUAGGUCGAUCUUGCGGCGGGGCUCUGGAAUGACGGGGUGUGCCGUGAAUUUGAAUUAGCUCGCCGUUAGUUUGAAGACAGAGUGAGUCGGGAUAGAGAGAGAGUGUGUGUGUGUGAGUGUGUGAGAGAGGGGAGCCAUUUUGUCCCGACUGUGUGGGAGAAAAGAAAGAGUGGAAAAGAGGAAUCACACGGGAGGAUAUCCUAUUUUUUUCUCUCCGUUCUCAUGCUGUAGAGAGUGGAAAACAGUCGGACUCGGGACUUAUUAACUUCUCGGACACGUCUACGGACACGUUAUUUGGGUGGUAUUUAGCCAACUAGCUCGCCAGGCUAAUCAACAAAUCCCAGCUUGUUAUAAUAGUUAACAGUCAGUUUGGCGUUGGAGCUGGCUUUAGACUUGACAUUUGCGUAUUAGACUGUCACCUUUUUUUGGGGUUCAUAUCUGGGUUAAUAAAAACACAAGCUGUUCUUCCAAUGGCGAAGAAAACCUACGACUUGCUGUUCAAGCUGCUGCUGAUCGGAGACUCGGGCGUGGGGAAGACCUGUGUGCUGUUCCGCUUCUCCGACGAUGCCUUCAACACAACCUUCAUUUCCACCAUAGGAAUAGACUUCAAGAUCAAAACUGUUGAAUUGCAAGGAAAGAAGAUCAAACUACAGAUUUGGGACACGGCAGGCCAGGAGCGGUUCCACACCAUCACCACCUCCUACUACAGAGGAGCCAUGGGCAUCAUGCUGGUCUACGACAUCACCAACGCCAAGAGCUUUGAAAACAUCAGCAAAUGGCUGCGCAACAUUGACGAGCAUGCGAAUGAGGACGUCGAAAGGAUGCUGCUAGGCAACAAGUGUGACAUGGAGGACAAGAGGAUCGUACCAAAAGCCAAGGGGGAGCAGAUUGCGAGGGAGCACGGCAUUAGGUUUUUUGAGACGAGCGCUAAGGCCAACAUCAACAUCGAGAAGGCUUUCCUCACGUUAGCAGAAGACAUCCUCAGAAAGACGCCCGUAAAAGAGCCCAACAGUGAAAACGUGGACAUCAGCAGUGGAGGCGGAGUCACAGGGUGGAAGAGCAAGUGCUGCAGUUGAAUGACUUCUGUUUCACUCACACUAACGUACACACACACACACAGACGCAGACACAAACACACACACACUGUCUCUCUCUAACUGCUAACUCUAACUCUCUCGCCCUCUAACCUGUUUAUCAUGAGUUUUUCUUGCACACUGACACUCUCACUCUCUCUUUCUCUCUCUCUCUCUCUCUCUCUCUCUCUCUCGUCUCUUUUAUCAGAAUAAAACAAUAAACCACUUUCACUUCUUCAUCCUCCCCCCACUCCCUCCUCUUCCUCCCUCCACAUUUUUGAUAAUUUUUAUUUCUGAUGAAAACAGAAAUCCAGUCACGUUUCUUGUCAUUUGUUUUAAAGGUUGUUAAAAAACCUCCCAAAAAAAGUAAAAAAAAAAAAAAAAAAUGUGAAAAGACAAGCUCAUGUUUUUAAACUUUCCUUUGCCUGAGCUCACUCCCCCUCCCUCCCCCCUCUCUCCACCCUUCAACCUCCACCACCACCCUCACCUUCAGCCAGAGGAAAUAAUAAAAAAAAAAUAAAACAAAAAAAAGAGGUCAGAUUUAGGAUUAACAUUUUGUACAUUCAGUGACUUUUCUGUUGUCUAACCAUAUUCGGUCAUUUAUUUACGAUUUGUUACCAAGUGACGACCGGGGAGGCGUGACCAGCUCCUUUUGUAUGUGGGGGUUUAAUUUUGUCCUGUGCCUUAUAUGGAAGACAGGGGGGCGGGGGCUGUGUGGUGGGCGGAGCCACAUCCACCAUAAAAUGAAAUUACAGUUUAAUACUCUGACAGUUUUGCGGGCGCGGAGACGCCGAGCUGAAGCAGAAGCGUUUGAAUUUCUCCUCCGGCCAAGAGAACGGCAUUAAACAGUAUGUCCUGUUUAUUCAUGUUUUUGUCUGUAUAUGAUUUAUGUUUUUUUUUUUUUCCCCCUUUUUAUUUGGGUUGAAUUAUUAUUUUAUUUGUUUGUUUUUUUUCCUGCAUGCAGAUUUCUUUGGGUUGGAACGCGUCGGUUCUGUAACGUUGUGUAACGUUUGCCACUGGGUAACUGUGGGGGAGGGAGGUUUCACGAGUUCUCUUUGGAAAUUCAAACAGUUUUGCAGAUCCAUUAAAAAAAUAAGCUUGUUUAAGUUAA